UGUGUGAGAUACUGGUAUAGUAGCAAAAUAUGGAAGUGAAGAUGGGUGAUAAGGUAGUUUGUUGUUUCUUAUUUUUUGUGACUUUAUUUGAAAUGACUCCAAAUUACAAAACGUCAGCCCAAGGGAGCAGCCAUGCAUUCGUCCAAGGAAAUAACGACAUGCGCUAUCUGACAGAUGGGAUACCCGUAACAAUGCACAAGGAGCUGUCAAGUGUUUCAAUGGGAAGGGUUCCCACUUUAGAUGAACGCUCUAUUUAUAGUUCUCAGUUGCACUUGAAGUUUGAACCACCACAUUUGGAUUUUAAACAGAGGUAUCUUGGAAUUCCACAUCAUGAAAAAGUCACUCUUUUUAAUGUAAAUAACAAUAAAACAAUACACAUGUCUUCAAUAUCUGGAAAUACUGUCCAUUUUCAUAGUUCAUUUUUUGAGGACAAGGUUAUCCCACCAAUGGGAAACACAAGCUUUAAUGUUGUAUUCUUAGGACGCGAAGAAGGAGAAAUUGAAAGCAAUUUAUUUAUUCACACAUCAGAAGGCAGCUUUAAGUACCAGGUGAAGGGGGCUAGCAUAAGCAGUCCAUACAGGCUAAGGCCAUUAGUGGGUGUAAAAAUUCCUGCAAAUGCUACUUACUCACCCCUUAUUUAUAUGCAUAAUCCACACAGUACACCACUACAGAUAACAGAGGUGUACAGCAGUGGUGGAGAUUUCCAUUUGGAACUCCCAUCUGGAGAACUUGAGGGGCCAAAACAUUUAUGGGAGAUUCCGCCAUACCACACAAAAGCUGUCAUAAGAAUUCGAUUUGUAGCAAGAGCAGAAAAAAAUCAUACAGCAUAUGUUAGGAUAAAAGUGAAUCAAACUGAGGAUGUGUUAGUGGUGCCUCUAGAUGUAGAAGUCAUGCCACAAGCAGGACUUUAUUCCCCUGAUGAUGUUAUUGAUUUUGGCAUUGGGGGAAGCAAAGACAAACCAAAGAGAAUACCUUUAUAUCUUUUCAAUUCUGGAAAGAAGCUGAUACGAUUGCAAAGUAUAGCUACAACAAUGCCUUCUAAAGCAGUAAAAAUAGAAUUUCAACCAAUAAAGGUUUUACCUGAUACUAAAAUGCCAACCAAAGUUGCAGUACUAACAUUUGAUUGGAAAGCUGCAUUUGAAGGCAAAGAUUACAAUGGAAAAAUAAUUAUUAGAAGUAAACAGAAUCAACAUCAGCUCAUAAUACCCUACAUGUCACAAGUUCUUGAAGGGGGUUUGGACUUCAAUUCAUCUGUUACACAAUACUGCUCUGGCAUAGGUGGAAACAGCAGUGCUCGAAAUUUUACUGUAAAAAACACAUUCAAGAUACCUAUAGCUUUAAUUAAUGUUACCCUUCAUAAGGAAGCAAGAGCUUACUUUAUGGUACAGAAUUUCACACCAACUGUGAUAAUUCCAGAUAAGACAACUGUGCUUUUUCAGUUGUCCUUGAAGCAACACAUUGUACCACCAGAUUUGAAGCUGGAAACUUAUUUAUAUUUACACACAAAUGUUUCAGUAGUAACAGUGCCAUUACUUUAUUAUAAUGGGAAGCUAGAAAAGGUAAUCAUCACUGGGCAGAAUGAGACUGAGCUUCAUUUUGGAACAGUGGGUAGUUCGAGCCAGAGAGAGGCACAUUUUGCUUUACUGAAUAACAAUCCUGUGGCAGUAAAUCUGAAAAUGUGGGGUACCAAUCUUACAGGAGGAGCUGUGGAAUUACUUGGUGUGGAAGAAGGCAAUCAAUCCAGUGUGUUGAGAAAGCACAGCUUUAAAAAUAUGAGCAAAAGCCAGAUACUAAAACCUGGAUUCUUUGCUGUCUUUCGUGUAGUGGUUGUUGCACCAGAAAUGGAAGGCAUUCUCGAGGCUGAAGUUUUUGUCGAGACGCAGUUUGAGAAAGUGGUGUUAUCAGCCAAAAUGAGAGUUGCUCAUGGAAAACUGGAAGUCGUACCAGAGCCAGUAAUCUUUGAUGAUUGCUUUCCGGGCAAGCUGUGUGUACAGCAGUUGCAUGUGAGAUCUCUCUUCAGCCAUACAAUGAUGGUGACAGGAAUUACAAGUGUGCCACCUGAUCCAAGAGUUACAUACAUACCGCCAGAAACUGGCGGAGCCCCUAUUUAUAUCACAGAACUGCUUGUAAAUUCAGUAGGUGAUCUGUGCUUUGAACCUGGUCUCAAGUGCGGAGUUUCAAAAUGCUACACAGGCAUACCAUACAAUAGUUCAGAGGGUAAACAGUGGCUGCACUCUCUGACGCUUCCAUUUCAUUGUCAGGAUUCUGACUUAUCACAGCUCAAUUAUAGAUAUGGUCAGUUCUUGUCUCUAACCAAGGAAACAAACGUGUGGAAGAAUCUUACAUUUCGAUUGGAUACAACUGAAGUGCGGGGUCAUAUUUUCCAUGCCUCUGUACAUCUAGUGUGGCCCAGAAUUGUGUCAUCUGCACAGUCUAAAAAAUUUAAUGUUGAAUUUCCUUUAACCCAAGUUGGUGACACUGUGUUCAAGGACUUAACUCUACAUAAUCCAUCUUCUCAGCCAAUCCUUGUUCAAUUAGCAAUGGAGGGGACAUAUCCUCAAGCAAACCGAAUGCUUGAUAGUUUGUCACCAAGGUUUUAUCCUCGCACUGCAGAGAGUGGAGAGAGAACUUUGAAGCAAUUUGUUUUAGAAAAUAAUGCUGAGAACAUAGCACAUAUAGAAAAAUUGUUUGGUAUUAACGUGCAUCCAGAUAGUCUUCCAUUUUUAUUACAGCCGGGAGAAAGAAUUAGUACAAAAAUUGGAUUUGCUCCUACAAAAAGUGCCAUAAAUUCUGCUGUUCUGUUUGUAAGGAAUAAUCUGACAAUUUUAGAGGUGCUUCGGAUAUCUGGUAGAGCGACACAAGCACAGUUCAAAUUUGGUAAUAGGAAACCAGGUUCAGAUGAGCCCCUUAUGUUUGAACUGUCAAAAAAACAUCUCAGAGAUUGUGAAAGAGAAAAGAACCGCAGAUUUCCAGCACCAAAUUUAACUGUAAAAAGAUCAUUCACGGCAAGAAAUACUGGUGAACUUCCCAUAUACAUCAGUGGCUUUAGAAUUAAUGGGCUUCCAUGUGAAGGAUACGGAUUUCGAAUUCUAAAUUGUGCUGCCUUCCAUCUGCAGCCCAAUGGAACACGCAAAAUUGAUAUAGCCUUUACACCAGACUUCACACUUGCGCGAGUGCAUAGAAUACUAGGCAUAGACACAAGUCUUGGCAUUUCAGUCAAUUAUUCACUUAUAGCAACAAUACCUCCAUACUUUCUUGCUACUUGCUCAAGUGUUCUUGGAAGGCCAACAUGGGAACCAUUAGUUUAUUAUACUGCAGUCAGUUUCAUGGUAUUUCUUUUGCUCUGUGUACUGACAGCAGCAUACUUAGAAUCGGAUCGUAUACUAAAGUGUACUGUUGUUAACAUAAAACAAGAAAAAGCUCAUAAAAGUUCAUUGGAUGCAAGGAUACCUACUUCAAGCCCAGUUGAUAUGGCUAGCACUAGUGCACAAAAAUGUACUGAGAAAUCACAUAGUAAAUUAGAUACUGAAUGGAAUGCUAAUAAUCCACCAUUGGUGCCGUCUCAUGAGAAACAAAAUACAGACCUACACAGUCCACAACAGUCUCACAACAGUAGUAGUUCAAAAUCAUAUAUGUGGAAUACAUUUGAAGGAAAGCAGAAUUCAACCGAUGGGCUUCCUAAAGACCACCCGACAGUCAUAAAGUAUGAUGAUGUAGAUGCAGGAUAUUCUACCUCAUCCACACCACUUCUUUCUGUUAGACACAGGAAAAAACUGUCUAAGAAAAACAGUAAUAACAGUGAAGCAUCAUCAUUAUCUGAAACAGUGCAAGAAAGUGUUUCAGUGAAGAAAGGUUGGAGUAAUAUGUAUAUUAGACAAAAUACUCCUCCCACUCAAAGUGGAAAAUCACGAUUAAAUCUUGCAGAACCUAAAGUUCCUAAUAACAGCACUAUACAGGAGCCAGAAAUGAUUCAGAAGACAAAGAGAACUCUUGAAGUUGUAAAGGAGAAUAAAAAAUCUACUCGAUUGUUGAAAAAGGGCAGCAAGAUCCCUGUAGAACCAGUAAAGUGCUAUGAAGAGGAAACAUCGUCCACCACAACAGAGAGCUCAAACAAUGAGGAAACUGAGAAGGAGAGGAGUAGCUCCAUACUUUCUGAAAAACCUCAAAAGACUUCACCUAAAAAAGAGAAAAGUAAAGCAAGUUAUUAUAAAGAUAAUUAUGAAGGAGACUGUGACGAUGAUGAUUAUGAACGAGAGAAUCAUAAGAAGAAAGAUCUUACGUCUCGAUGGAAAAAUAACUUCAAAGUAAUUUCAAAAACUGUGAAUGAGCUUCCACAGAAAAGUAUAAAUGAAGACCUUUCAAAGCUCACAAGUCUGGAGACAAUAUACAAACCAAAAUCGUCUAAAACCUCUAACCGUGAACGAAAGGAGAAAAACGUUCUUAAGAGACGAGCAGCUGCUGAGAAAACUGCACAUUCAAAAGUUGUGUCACCAACUACGCUGUCUCCAACCAACACUGUGCCAUCAUCAAGCACAACAACAGUAUGUUGUCCUCUGUCUCCACCAGCAGCUGUGACGCAACCUAAUGUAAGCCAGAAAUCACCUCCAAUACAGCCACCAUCACCACCACAGACACAGCCACAGCCACAGCUGCAAUCGCAGCCGCAGCCACAGCCGCAGCCACAACCACAACCACAACCACAAUCACAGCCCCAGCAGAGACAGCAGCCACAAGUUCAGCCCUUACCAGUACCUUCACCUGUACCUGUCCCUGCACCAGCUGCCUGUUGGGGAGAAAGCAAAGCCACAUUUAGUGAUGUUGUGGCACGCAAUGAGAGUCCUCUGUACUCAAGCAUCGUAGCACCGAGGAAGCAGAAUGAAGCAGCUGUUAGUUCACCCACAGCAUCACCUGAAGACAGAAAAGGCUCACCACCAGUUUGUGAGGCUCAAGUUAAUCCAGAAGCAGGAGGCAUCACAAGCAGCAGUUCUGGCAGCGGUUCCAGUUUAGGACCAGUUGGCUCAAAACCACGCUCUUGCACAUGGGAUGGUAAUAAGGAAUUCCAGGCAGUGUCACAGCACCCUAAUCAGGAAAAAUCAGUCCCAUUCUUAGACUCUUUUACUGACCAAGCACAGCAGAGUGAUGACAGUCUUGGUGGGUUGCCUUAUACAGACAGCUCAUGGGAACAAGACAAUACUGUAGCAGCAGUGUUUGAGGAUGGCAUCUCAGAGGAAGCUUCUCCAAAAUCACCUGUUAUGAGUGCAGACUCUUGGCCGAUGAUGGAUGCAUUAUGGAAGCCACUUUAUACACCACCACAGCCAUUGGAAAGCCACAAUGAUUCUCUGUUUUCUGAUGUUUCUGUGACAGCAAAGAACAAAACAGAUCAGUCAUAUUCACCGUGGGGACCAAGUAACUCACUUUGUAUUGGCUCUGUAUGGUCAUCAUCAGCAUGGUCAACUGGCCCUGGCCCAGUUGCUCCACCACUGACUACUCCAGCACCCAUCCUCCCUCCAGUAGCACCUGUACAUGCACAGGGCAGCACAGACGGCGCUAUUGAGGAUGAGCCACCAUCUUCCGGUGAUCUUGAUAGAGGCCUUGGUUUUGAUCCAUUUACAUCUUUAAACGCUAUUUGGUUUCCACGUCCAGCUGAAUCUUGGAACCCUCCAGCUAACAACUAAAUCAUUCGGCAAGAAUACAGGUUUUGGCGCUGGUGGUACAUUCACUACAUUUCCACUAGCAAUAGAGAGAUGCUACUCCAUUUACACAUUGAAGUCAAAACAUUAAAAUUUAUCAAACUGUAUCAUGGAUAUGAAAAGCAUGUAAUUUGUUUCCCUUGCACUAUAAAAACAGAUUCUCUAAGUUUCUUUGAAUUUAAUGUGAAUAUCUGCAGAAUUUUUGUUUGUUUACCAUCUUGAAGUUUAUAAUAAUGAGGAAUUGUUUUAUUUUAAUUUCAAGUGAGUGUUUGUUGCACACUUGGUUUAUUUCCUCUUAAUCUCACUUUUAAAUGCAAAAGAAACCCUGCCUUCUUGCGCAUAGACGAUUAUAUUUAAAAUAAACUAUGCUAGAGAAGAAAUUAAAAACUGAAACUGACAACAACUGAGAGUUGGAAAAUUCAGUAUUUGUAAUUUGACGUUCCCCUCAUUUGAUUGGAAAACUGCAUAUUUUUUCAUUAUCAUGUUACUAAAAGCACUGUAUAUGGUUGUGUGUCACUCAGAAAUGUAAUUUAUUUUUUUAUUUUUAUUUUUUGAGCGUUAUUUGCAAAAUAAUUAUUGUGUUUCUAAUGUUUGUAAUACUUAAAUCCUGUGUUCAUUGUGUACCAUGUCACCAAAGAAUGUACAAAUUAAUUUUGUGCAGUGAAUCUUGACUGCAGAAAUGUCAUAUCCUUAAGACUGGCACAUGGAUGGUCUCUUGGAGAAAAAAAAGAAAGAAAGAAACAAAAUAAAAAAUGCCAUUUAUGUGUCAUGAGGGAUAAAUUCAAAAUAAAAACAUUUUUUUAUAUGA